AAAAAUGCUAAAAUGGAAAAAUAAAUUUAAAAUGGGAUUUUUUUUUUUUUCCCCCAAAUGACACAUUAUCGUAAGAUAAAAAAAUAACAGCUAAUGGAGGAAUGGCGUGAGAAUGCUCUACUCUCAACGGUUGAGCUUUUACAUGCUAGUGUUUGCACAAGUACAACAACUUAAGCAAUUUUUUUUUUUUUGUUCUUUUGUUUCUGUGUAACUGUCAAGUAUGCGUAUAUAUAAUGUAGAUUCAGAGCCUUUUCUUUUUUCCGUGCAUCCAUUUGUGUAUCCCUUCGGUUCCCACCGAGUUAGCAUUUGUAUAGUAGCUUUUAACCUUUUAACACGCCCCGGCUAAACGGUUAGCAUCUGAACGGUUAGCGGCUGAACGUGGAGCAACCACCCGAAGUUAAGUUAUCUGCGCAUCCAUGCGUUAAGUCCACCCGCAGGACUCGCGAAAGCACGAAGCCGAGGCACGCAUCAACGCGUCAGCGCUUCAACCCCUUCACACUUACAAAGGCAAGAAAUACAAAAUGUGCACACUUAGCCACAGCCACACCCCUAAGUCGGAGGAACUUUACAAAACUGUCGUGGAGAAAGUGCUGGAGCACACCUGCCAGGAAAAACCAAGCAAAUACUAUUUUCUAAUUAAGCAAAGCCAACAAAACUCGAAAGAUUUUUCCCUAGCCAAAAUAACCUUCAGAGAAGAGCCAUUGCUCAACUUGGGGGAUAACCUUAAGGAGGAUGAAACGUUUGCUUCAGUUUUUAACAAUUCAGAAAUAUCGCAGAAAAAAUUAAAGAAAAAAAGAAAAGAAGAGUACCUAUUAAGUAAAUUAAAAUCGUCCAAUGUUACUCUAUCUGAUGAGCAGAUCGUCGCAAAAUUAAACAAACUCCUAAAAUGUGGAAAAAACAACAGGGAAAUUAUUUUUAAAAAGGACAGUCUUCACGAAUUACAAAAUUCUUACGCUUUUUAUGAUGAUUUAUUUUGCGAAAACUUUUACCUAAUAGGCCAUGAGUACGAUCUUCAAAUAUCCAAACAGCUAAAUGGCUUGUCCGUUUUGUCACUUAGCAAGUGUAGCAGCAUCUUCUUUACAAUUUUAAGUGACUUAAAAGCUGACACUUCCAAAAGCUUCAUACAAUUAAUUAAGGACAAUGUGAAAGUAGAAUACGAUCAAAGGUUAUUAAAUACUAGCGUAUCUGGGAAGAGAAAAAAAAAUGCUCUUUUUGUGAACGAAAAUAUGACCAUUUUAAAAAUAUUCUAUAAAGAUAAGCUGUAUAUGAUUAAAAAUAAAAUAUGCGGUUACCAACACGACAUUAAUGAAAACCUCGUGAAUAAUCCCCACCUCUUAUUUUUGGGCCGACAGGAGGCCUGGAUACUUAUCUUAAAAUGCAAGGAAGAGGCUAUUUUACAAAAUUGUAUAACUGCAACUCGGUACGAAGAAAUACGGGAAAGUGAGAUUGAACGGCACGACUGUGUUUUGGGUUCCUUGCGGAAGUAA